CCACGGCCGCAUUGUGUGAAGAGCAUUAUUGAAAAAGGAGACACCGCUACAGGCAAUUCGGCGAGAUUUCAGUUUCGCGGUGGCUAGUGGGAGUGGCGUCGGUUUAUUGCGUCUGUGGAGGCCGACGCGGCGCAGCUUCAUGUAAUCAUGUCCCUCUCCUACAGUUUCCGCGCGCUCUUCUCGACAAGAGGACGUCACACCACAUUAAUCGGAUGUCACUUGUUUCACCAAUAAAAUUACCACGCAACGCGGCCCAUUAAACGGCACCGGCGACGCAACUAAAUACGUUCGGACGUCGGCUCCACCAUUUUUAGGCGGACGGGGUUGGUUUUUUUGAAAUGUGCGCUCAACUCCGCCGUGGCACCGGCAACUUUCCCGAAGAGUCGAUGUUGAGGAAGAGUGUCUGUGCGUGUCUGUGAGUGGUUCUUGGAAGUUGGAAUUUUUUCUUGACCUACUGUUGUUGGUGGAAACUGUGCCAAACAAUUUUUGAUAAAUCAUGAAGCCUGUUAACGUUCUUGUGUGCACCAGGAGGCUGUGCACCUUGGUGGUUAUACUCCUCGCAACAACAAAUGGUGUGUCGGCUCUGAGGGACGUGGCGGUUAUGAUACCGGCGGCUGCGAAAAUUAUGGACACCGUUACGCUGCAGUGCAAAUACGACCUGGAAGGCGAACUGCUCUACACGGUGAAAUGGUACAAGGGCCAGAAAGAGUUUUUCAGAUAUAUCCCCAAGGAGAUGCCUAGUACACAAGUGUUUCCCCUUCCGGGCAUUGAUGUUGAUUUAAGCAAGAGUACACCGAACGAGGUUGUUUUGAGGAACGUGCAGCCCGCAGUGACCGGUCGAUACAAAUGUGAAGUUUCGACGGACUCGCCCAACUUUUACACCCACAUGGUCUCUGGGUAUAUGUAUGUAAUUGAUAUGCCGCUAGACGAUCCGGUAAUGGUAAUUGAAAAGACUCCCCUCGAAAUUGGGUACACAAUAAGAGGAAACUGUACAUCGCCCCCGUCAUUUCCUCCCGUCAAUGUUACGUGGUAUUUAAAUGGAAAAAGGAUAAACGAAAGCUACUUGAAACAUAUCGCUGAGCCCAACGCACUGACUGCUACGUCUGGCAGAAGGACACCAGUGGUCACGAUUGCCGGCCUGGAACUGGAAAUAGACGGUAACACCUUCCAAGGGGGAAAGGCACGGCUUAAGUGCAUCGCAAACGUUUUCAAGCUCUAUCAGCGUGAACAAGAGUUGGUGUUGGAGGAAGAACGGCCCAGACCUAGGCCAUCGUCUGUCAUGGGAAACAGGGACACAGCUUCCGGCUCCUCCAUUCUCGUGGCCGAAGCUAUGAUGAUCAACGUGGCGUUUUUAAUACUUGUACGUUUGCGGUAACAAAGAAACUAAAUCCUAACAGCGAACUAAGUCAUUAAAAAAAACACUCACACACACACACAAUCAAAUGUAUUGUAUAUAAGAUUUGUAAAUAAUUUAAAGAGACGCUAAGUAUCAUAAAAUGUAGUCAUAAUUUUAUGAUGAAAACUGUUUUAUACUAUUUAUGAUUUGUAAAUUUUCAUAUUUUAUUAAUAUAUUGUAUGUCUGAGAUGGUUUGUGUCAAUGAAACGGCUUCUCUAAACUGUAAAAUAAAUUCGUGCUGAUUCUCUCUCGAAUAGUUUAAUUCUAAAGUUCUUUUAUGUGUCACUGUAUUAAACAAUUAACUAAUAAGUGACUCUAGUCAAAUAUAUAUAUAUAUAUAUAUGUAUGAAUAUAAAUAGGUGUUAAUUUCAUUGAUGCAAAUCAGUGUAUAGAAAAUUCUUUUUUAAAAGGGUAAGACAUUGUGAUAAUUUCAGAAAGUGUAAAUAGAAAUGAAUGAAGGAAGAAACAAUAAAAUUAUAUUUAAAGUCUGUGUAAAGUAUAGUUAAUUUAUUAGGAAUACGUAAAUGUAUAGCAUUCUAAAAAAUAAACGACUUCUGUAAAUACUCAAAACGUUUUAUUGUAUAUCGUCUAUGAAAUCUGAAACAGACUUUUAUUUCUACGAACAUAUUGCAUAUAUUUAUAGUUUUUACAAAUAAAUUGGUUUUUUAAGACUUUUAAUAAAAAAAUAACACUGUACAAUCAUUUAUAAAACAUUGAUAACAGCAGAUAUAUUAUGGAAGGCUAUUUGUUAACAUGAACUGUAGUAAAUUUAUCAAUACUAAAAAUAGUAGUGUAUUGGGUGUAAUAUUAUAAAAUAUAUUGUUGUAUUAUGUAUAACAUAUUUGUUACCCAAUGUAAAACCUGAGCUAAAAUAAAUAAAAUUGUUUAAAAUC